AUGGCAGCCAAGGCGAUCAGACCUAGGAGCGGACUUCAACCCGGAGUGGUACAGCGGCACGCCGGAUCCAAGGACCACGUGGCCUCCCACGAAGCCGUCAAGCGCAUACCGCGCCCCGAGCAGCGCCCACAGAGCGCCCAGCGAGCGGCGUCAGUGCACCACCAGCGGCACCCACCCACGUGCCCACCAGGAGCACGCACAGCGCGGCCACCGCGCCCUCAGCAGCGUCACCCGCGCCGCCAGCCGCGUUAUCAGCAGCGCAGACCCAGCAGCGUUCCGCGCCGUGCAGUGUCACCCACGUGGCCAUCAGGUGCCCACAGAGCGGCCACCUCGCCCCCCAUAGCGCCUCGCGCCCAACGAACGCCUACCAUCGGCGUCAGCGCCCCAUCGGCCGCGCUAUCAGCAGCGCCCCCCACGGGAUCCACAGGAGCGUCCACUGCGUCUCCACUAGCGCCUGCCGACAGCACCCACCGCGCCACCAGCAGCGCCGUCCACGGGGCAACGGGAGCGCCAGCCGCAACCACAUCGGUCAGCCACUGCCGCACGUCAGCAGUACCUGCCGUGCGCCCCUGGUAG